AGUGUCGUUUGAUCGCCGGAUUGUUGACAUUUUUUUGCUCACAAAAAUGCGUCCGUCCGAUGCGCUCGUGUUGCUCCUACCUGUCCUGCUGAGCGGCCUGGUGUCCAGCGUCCAGGGCACGCUGUCGCCCAACGACAAGCCGAAAAGCAAACAACAGAAAGAAGUGCUGCGUGGUCCGCAAGACGAAGAUGUCUUCGGUCUUGGUUUGGUGUCGCCAGAGCCCCUGGCCAAGGACAUUCUAGCACAUCACAGAGCCUACCACAAGGAGACGGCAGCGAGACGGUUCAAUGGCACCACCCUUGGAUAUGUGACACCCUGGAAUUCUCAUGGCUAUGAUGUGGCAAAGAUAUUUGCAAAGAAGUUCGACAUCAUCUCGCCCGUUUGGUUGCAAAUUGUUAAGCAAGGAGAUGCCUAUGCGGUGGCGGGAAUGCACGACAUCGAUGCAGGAUGGGUGAGCGAUGUCCGCCGCAAGGGAAAGGUGCAACAGCAGCAGCUUCAGCGUACCGUCAAAGUCUUUCCUCGAUUUAUAUUUGAUCAUUUCACCGAUCGUGACAUCAAAUUGCUCCUCAGCAAUGCCAAGGAGCGCACCAAAGUCAAUGAGGUUCUGAUUAAAUGCUGCAAGGACAAUCAUUUCGAUGGUCUGGUGCUGGAGGUAUGGUCACAGCUGGCAGGACGCAUAGACGAUAAGAUUCUCUUCAGCUUGGUGCUGCAAAUGGCCAAGGAACUGCAAAAGCAGCAGCUGCGUCUUAUCCUGGUCAUUCCUCCCUAUCGCAAGGACACGGGAAUUCUGUUUGGGGAGAAGCACAUGGAUACGCUGUACAAACACAUCUACGCCUUCUCCCUCAUGACAUAUGACUUUUCCAGUGUACAGCGACCGGGCGCCAAUGCUCCGCUGUAUUUUGUGCGUCAGGCUGUGGAGACAAUCGCCCCCAAGGGCUGUCCUGAUAUGGAGGCCAAGCGUUCCAAGAUUCUUUUGGGUCUGAAUAUGUACGGCAAUGACUAUACACCCGAUGGCGGUGGACCCAUUACCUUUUCGCAGUAUUUGGAUUUGGUGAAAAAUGUGAAAAAACACUUAACCUACGACGAGCGAGAUGUGGAAAAUUUCUUCGAAAUCAAAAACGAAAAUGGUCGUCACAUUGUGUUUUAUCCUACUCUAUAUUCCAUCAAUGAGCGGGUGAAGUUGGCACAGGAGUUGGGCACAGGGAUAUCCAUUUGGGAGCUGGGACAGGGACUUAAUUACUUUUACGAUCUCUUUUAGAAUAUCAAUAGCAUAUUGCAAGCAUUUAAAAAAUGCAAUGCCAUUCCAAAUAAAAUCUUUGCUAUAUUAGCU